AGACUGGACACUCACAGAAGCAUAGUAGUGUUGAUCAAAGCCCACCAUAGGCAGACGGUUUGUUUACUUUGUAUUUGGGUCUAGAAGAAGCUCCUAAGUUAAAACUCUCGAAAUAGUGCGAAAAUUCUUGAAAGAUAAAACUCCACUGUGAGGUAUCCAUGUGAAGUUUACAGGUUUAAAAACUACUAACAGAGUAGUUGCUUAAACGAUGAAAGGUUAAAAAUAUUUCGUAAUAUCCUCCAACGUUUUAAUCCUGUUUUCAGGUAGCCACAAGCAUAUAAUUUAUUUUUCUGAUAUAUCCAGCUUAAAAACUCUAACCUUCACACAUUUCAGGCUUUUUUCAAACUUCUCAUGGAUAUUCGAGUGAAGUAUGACCAACAAUUCUUGUCGUAAAUCACUUAUUAGCGUAAAUAACGAACUUGUGAGAAAAAUUCUUGAAGAUAAGUUUACUUUGGCAACCACUUCAUUCUCCAAUGUUUAUCUUGGAGUUUGGGAGGGAAAGAACGUUGUAGUUAAAUUAUUUCAUGAGAAGCACAAGCCUCUAGCCCAAAAAGAAUUAUCACUUAUUGCGCAACUUGAACAUGAAAAUAUCAUACAUUUGAUUGGUGCCGGACCUUCACUUCCAUUGGAUUGUUCUUUCUUGAUCCUCGAGUAUGCCAAUUGUCAUUCAUUACAAAACGUUUUGUAUGACUUCUCUGGAGUUCAUUAUAACCUGGUUAAUACUUUGAAUUGGAUAUUGCAAAUUAGUCGGGCUUCAGACUAUUUACAUCGUUUAUGUUCCCCCUCAGUUAUACAUGCAGAUAUAAAACCUUCCAAUAUUUUAGGUUUUGAUAGACUGCGUUUAGUUAAAUUAGGUGAUUUUGGAUCAUCUAGAACUACUUUGUCUGACGAAACUUCUGUUUUUGGAACUCUGUGUUAUAUGGCCCCAGAACUAUGGACAGUUCGAAGUGGUGAAAAAUUACCGUACUCAGAAAAAUCUGAUGUCUACAGUUUAACGGUUACAUUUUGGGAAUUUCUAGCUCGUGAACCCCCAAAUAAAAUCCUGAAAAGACGUGAUGUAGCAGACAAGUUUUGGUCUUCUAUUACUCAGCGACCACCUACAUUAGCUGGGUGUCCUGAACUACUAAGCAUUAUUAUUGAGAGUGGUUGGGCUGUAAACCCCAUGAUUCGACCUACAAUGUUCCAACUGAGCAGAUGUUUGACUUCUAUAAUUGAACAAAUAUUUCCAGUAGAUAGCAUUAUCCAAGGUGUUGAUAUCCCUGAUGACUGUUUAAACUUUUUAAAGAAAUUGUAGCAUAAUGCACCUUAAAAGUGUAUAUAGUUUGAGACAAUGUUCCCUGUUUUCCUAAACUUCCAAGUACAUGUGAAAUAAUCUUACAGCAUCCGUUUGGUUAGCUGUUUAUCAUUCGUUGGAAGACUUUACUAACCGUACAGUUCUAUUCCAAUAUAUGUACUUUUAAUAUUCCGUAUUGUGUAAACUAUUUUUUAUUCCUAACCCAAGUUGAUUUUCUAUACUAUAAACUGGUUUAGGUCAGUUGUGUUUAGUUGAAAUACAGAUCAACUUACCAAGUGUUUCACCUGUAGAACCAUAACAAUUGCAGUUAUUUUAAGUGCCGUUAGUGAAUAUCUCGAAUUGUUUCACUAACAUUUAGCUAAACGCCUUCAUCCUCAUAGUUUUUAUUUCUCGUCCUUCAUGCUUUUAAGUACUACCCACUUGGAGAUUUAUUUGGUUACGAAUACUUACCUUCCUGGGUAUAUAAACUAUACCGCAUUUACGCUAUUCCAACAUGUUUCAAUUAAACCUUACUAAACUUGUUUAUAUCUAUUAUCAUUGUCCGAUUACGAGGAAAUUUAUAUCCUGACUAGAUUUUCGCCACAUUGUAAAGUUCUUGUAGUUCAGCGUGAACAUACUUUUAGUCAUUUAAUUUGAAGAUUUAAUAUGACGAACUAAUAGUGUGUAAUCAAACUGAGUUACAUUAUCCUAGUUUUCGACACCUUUCAGCAGGAGAGAGAACCACAAAAUAAAAGAAAGCUUACUUCAUUGUGAAUAAUUUACACUAUCCCUCUCUAAAAUUCGAAAACCGCCUCCUAUCAUUUUAACUAUACUGUUCAACCUGAUCCUGAAGAUACUAAAACCCCAGACAC